AUGUCGACGUCCGGUGAUGCUGAAUCCACUUCCAGCUCCGUUCCCAAUUCCGCACCGGGGUCCCCGAGAUGCAGGGUCAAGUUUCUCUGCAGCCAUGGCGGCAAGAUCCUUCCUCGCCCCGCCGAUGGCCAUCUCAAGUACGUCGGUGGCGAGACUCGCGUCAUCUCUGUUCCCUACAACAUUACUUUCACCGAUCUUAUGAAGAAGCUUAGCAGCCUAAUCGAAGGUGAUGUGAUCCUCAAGUACCAGUUGAUUCCUGAGGACCUUGAUGCUUUGGUUACGGUAAAAUCCGAUGAAGAUCUGCGCCUCAUGUUCGAGGAAUAUGACCGCCACGAGCUGAUCGGAACACCAAGGCUCCGGACCUUCCUAUUUCCGGCUAACCCGAUCGUCCUCGAGAACCAGAUGGGACCGAUGGACCACCACUCUCUUGAGCAGCGGUACAUCAAUUCGGUCAAUGGCAUUGUUUUCCAUCCAACUCCAACACCAUCGUAUAGAAACUUCCGACCACCUGCAAUUAACACUGGCCAGCCAAUUUUCAGCAUUAACUCUGCUUGUUCUUCCCCUGGUACCCCGCCAGAGACCACCAUUCCCACCACCGUUCCUGAAGUUACCAACCCUGAAAUCACUGUUUUCCGUAAUAAGCUUAGUGCAAUGCCGAGAGCCCGUAGCUCCCCUAACUUGUGCAAUCUUGGUGGCAAUUCCCAGAGCAACCAUAUGAACCCGACCCCAAUCUCAACUCUGAACCUGAGCAUCGGCAACCAACAACACCCUCAUCACUACCCUCAUCACAACCAAAAUCAUCGCCAACCACCACCAUCGCCACAAUCACAACCACAACCGCACCACCUCCAUCUCCACCCUCACCCCCAUCCACACUCAUCAUCUCCCAAACCACCUCUAGAUCCCCAUCCUCACAAGAAUUCUGGUCAGGACCAUCUUCUGAGGCAAAGGUCGAAUGAUUAUUACAGGCACCCAACGGAACACAAUCAACAUGCACCACCAAAUCACUAUGGUCGACCAAACAGAGGUACUACUGGUCAUAUGGGUUACCAAAGAGGUUCACCUUACGAUCAGUAUUAUGGGAAUAACAGGCAUGAUCGAACGGAAAGUCCUCCAGGAAGUCCGUUAGCACGAAGCCCUCUCCAAAACAACUACAUUUCCAAGUGGGAUUCGUUCGGUGGGCGUACAUGA